AAUUUCGAAUGAUUAUGAAUCGUAAAAAAUGAUGACUAUUAAUAUUUACGUAUCUGUAUUGAAAUAUAGAUUAUGGAAUGUUAACCUAGAGACUUCCUCAUAUGACAUCUUUCACGUGGCUUUAACAAACCCUAAGCAAUUUUAAAUACUUACGAGAUUGUCUACGUCAUGUAUUGAUUGUUAAAUAGAUAUUAAUUGUUUAAAUAUAUUAAAUACUUGUACCUAUAAUUUACUAAGAAAAUGACGAUAAAAAAAACUAAAGCAGCAACAAAAGGUGCAAAACAGAUAGUGGAAGAAAAUAAAACUACAUUAAAUUUUUAUCAAAAUAUGAUAAUUGGAGCAAUAGGAAUAUAUUUUACUGUUACAAUGUUGUUCUUUAACUUUACAACAUUAUCAACUACAUUAACCAUAUUUUCUGCAAUUGUAUAUAUAGGAAGUUAUCAGUUUAUGAAAUAUAUAGCACAUGCAACAUAUUCAGAAUCCGGACAGCUUUUAGAUUCUGGAAUUGAUCUUAAUAUGGAAGGAGGUAUAGCAGAACAUGUAAAAGAUUUAAUUAUAUUAACUUCAGGAGUACAAGUACUCUCUCUUAUAUCAAAUUACUUUUGGUUGUUAUGGCUUCUUGUACCAUUCAGGGGAGGUUGGAUGAUAUGGAAACAAAUAUUAGCUCCAUGGUUUUUUGCCUCUACUCCAGAGCAACCUGAGAUUAGUGAGAAGAAACAACGGAAGUUGGAAAAAAAGAUGGCUAGACGGCAUUAACAUUUUGAAUAGAAAUAAGCAUGCAUUUUGAAUAAAUAUUAAAAAAUUUAAUGGGUGUAGGAUAAAGUUGAGCAACAUUGUGAAACAAGACUGCUUAUUAUUUUA